AUGUUUACGUGCAUUAAUCACCAUCGAAAAUUCGCCGAUUCAUCAUUCACCAAGAAUAAUGCAUACAAUUACCCAUACCCCUCCAAUCCUCGUACCUCCACCGCCUCCCUUGUCGGCCUCAAUGGCAACGACUUCUUGCUCCACCACCAUCACCACGACAUGCUCUUGGCCACCAAUCAAGAGCUCUACGGCCUCAACAGCGACCCCUCGGCCACGGCCGCGGCCAAGGCCUGGAAGAAGGACCGCCACAGCAAAAUCGACACGGCCCAAGGGCCGAGGGAUCGGAGGGUUCGCCUCUCCAUCGGAGUGGCUAGAAAGUUCUUCGACCUUCAAGAAAAUCUAGGUUUCGACAAGCCGAGCAAAACCCUUGAUUGGCUCCUCACCAAGUCCAAGACUGCCAUCGAAGAUCUCGAGGAGAUGAGGGAGAGAGUCGCCGCGGCAGCAGCCGCCGGCUCCUCGGAAUGCGAGGUUGAUUCCGGCGAGAAUUUGAAAGUGUCAUCAAACAAACUGAAAGCGGCUUCUUCGACCAAGGAGUCGAGGGACAAGGCGAGGGCGAGAGCGAGGGAGAGGACGAGAGAGAAGAUGUGCAUCAAGAAGCUAAACGAGACCAGAAACAUCAAUAUUAAUGGCGACUUCAACUUCAUCAACAAGAUAGCUUCCAGCAGCAGCGGCAACAUCAAUAUCGGAUUCCAUUAUCACCCAACCUACGAAGUCGGAGCAGCAAAUCAUCAAGACCUAAUUCAAGAAUCCAUUGUGAUCAAUAGGAAAGUGAAGAAUCCGAUGGGAUUUCAGCAGAAUUUGAUCAUCUCUAGCUCCAACUACGGCGUUCCGGUGCCUUACAACGCCGCCGCCGCCGCUGAGAAUUGGGACAGCAUCUGUGCCAUUUUGGAUCAGCACAACAAUUUAAACUAG